AUGCUAUCUGACAUCAGCGAGCCCGGACCUGGUUUCGAAUAUUUCUUGAAAAUUCACUGUCAAGACUGGGAUGCAAUUCAAUAUCAUGAAGCGUGGAAAGAUAGUAAUUUGGGUCUAGAUAAAGCAGUUGUAACAAGAAGUUUUUGCAAACAAAUACAGAAGAUAAAAGAAAAUGGCACAGAAGAGGAAAGGAAAAAUGCGAUACGUCUCGAAAAUCAAUUCAAGCUACCCAUGGAACUACGUCUUCGCAUGGUUAAGGACCACGUCUCCGCUGUUGGCUACAGCUACCCAUGGAACUACAUCUUCGCAUGGUUAUGGACUACGUCUCCGCUGAAGACGGGGCGUAUCGAUAACUUUUGGUUGAGAUCUUUACCUGGGCUGAAGAGCAAUAAUGUUAGAGAGAAUGAAAAAAUAAACGCAGAAAAUAUAUUUUUAUCUUGUAAUUUAUCCUGCGAUGGAGUACAGUUUGCUGGUACUGGUAAUAUUAUUCAGGGACAUAAACAACCUUAUAAA